AUACGGCAGAGGAGAGGGAUGACGACGCUCCAUAUCUCUCCUCCAUACGAUCCAAGUGCAUCCAAAUCCUCAAAUUCUCUCUUCACCCUCCAUGGCUCAAUCUCCACCUCAAAACCCCACCAAAAAAAUCCCUCUCUUAUCACCAUCCAAUCAUCCUUUUCCUCCAUUCCAUCCUACCUCGACCAUCCCUUCCAAUGUCCGCGCCACCAGACUCCACCGCCGCUCGCCGCAACUCCAACACCCAACUCCUCGAAGAGCUAGAAGCCCUCUCACAAUCUCUCUAUCAAUCCCACACCUCCCGCCGCACUGCUUCCCUCGCCCUUCCCCGCUCCUCCGUUGAUCCUCCCGCCGCGUCCCACCUAAAUGUCUCCGAAAAGUCCCGCUCCCGCCGCAUUUCCCUCUCCCCCUGGCGCUCCCGCCCCAAGCUUGACGACGCCGCCCCCGCCGACGAUCCCCGUGCGGCGCCUUCCAGGGGCCACGAGAAGAAUCUCAGCGCCGCGGCAGCCCCAGCGCAUGAGAAGAAGGGCAUCUGGAGCUGGAAGCCGUUGCGGGCGCUGUCCCACAUCGGGAUGCAGCGGGUCGGGGUCCUGUUCUCAGUCGAGGUCAUCGCCGUCCAGGGCCUCCCGGCGUCGAUGAAUGGCCUCCGUCUCUCCGUCAACGUCCGCAAGAAGGAGACGAAGGAAGGCGCCGUGCAGACAAUGCCCGCCAGGGUCUUGCAGGGCGCUGCUGACUUCGAGGAGACGCUCUUCAUCAAGUGUCAUCUGUACUGCAGCGUCAGUGCCAGCGGCAGCGGGAAGCAGCAGCAGCAGCAGCAGCUGAAGUUCGAGCCACGGCCGUUCUUGAUUUACGUCGCGGCGGUAGAUGCCGCCGAGCUCAGCUUCGGGCAGAGUAUGGUCGAUCUCAGCCGUCUGGUCCAGGAAUCGAUGGAGAAGAACUGGGAAGGGACAAGGAUACGGCAGUGGGACACCAGCUUCAAUCUCUCUGGGAAGGCGAAAGGGGGCGAGCUCGUGCUGAAAUUAGGUUUUCAGAUCAUGGAAGAUAAAGGAGUCGGAAUUUACAGCCAGAGCAGUGGCAACGGUUCGAGAUUGAAUAGAGCGGGAGAAUCUUCUUCUUCUUCUUCCUCAUCAGCGGUUUUUGCUCGAAAGCAAUCGAAAUCUUCCUUCAGCGUCACGAGCCCGAGGAUUUCGAGCAGAUUGGAUGCCUCCUCACCCUCAAAGGCGGCCACUGCAGCUGCGGAGCUUCAGGGGAUUGAUGAUUUCAAUCUCGAUGAGCCUGGCCCGGUCCCUUCGACCUCUGCACAGAAACCUGAACCUGAGGCAAAGGUUGAGGAUCUCGAUCUUCCAGAAUUCGAGGUGGUCGAUAAAGGGGUUGAGAUCCAGGGGGAGAGGGGAGCUGGAGAGAGAGAAUCGGAAGAAGUUGUGGAUGAUGAGAGGUCGGUCUCUAGCGAGGUGGUGAAGGAAGUCGUGCAUGAUCCGGUCCAUCAGAUGCGACUGACUGAGCUUGAUGAGAUCGCGCAGCAGAUCAAAGCUCUCGAGUCAAUGAUUGGGAGUGAGGAGGCCAUUAAGACGGAACACGAAUUGGAGUUCCAAGGGCUUGAUGCGGAGGAAGAGACAGUGACAAGAGAGUUCCUUCAGAUGCUUGAGGAAGAAGAAGGCAGGGAGGGGAAGAUCGACCUUUCAGACUCCCCACCUUUGAAAUUAGAAGGCGUGGAGGAAGCAGGUGAGGCCGAAUUGAAGGCCUAUGUUUCGGAUCUAGGGAAAGGAUUGGGAUCUGUGGUUCGAACCCGAGAUGGCGGAUACUUAGCGGCAAUGAAUCCUUUCGAUGUUGAGGUAUCGAGAAAAGAAAUGCCAAAGCUCGCGAUGCAGAUUUCGAAGCCACUGAUCCUUCCUUUGAUGAAAUCUGCAAGUGGGUUUGAGGCAUUUCAGAGAAUGGCAGCAGUGGGCAUUGAGGAAUUGAGUUCGGAAGUGCUGUCAGCAGUAGGGAUGGAUGAACUGAUGGGCAAAACUGCCGAGCAAAUAGCUUUCGAAGGCAUCGCAUCAGCGAUCAUCCAUGGGAGGAACAAAGAAGGAGCAACCUCGAGCGCCGCUCGAUCCAUUGCCACGGUGAAGACAAUGGUGACAGCGAUGAGUGCAGGAAGGAGAGAGAGGAUUUCAAUGGGGAUUUGGAAUGUGAGUGAGAAGCCGGUGACGGUGGAGGAAAUUCUAGCAUUUUCACUGCAGAAGAUAGAGACCAUGGCUGUGGAAGCCCUGAAGAUUCAGGCGGAGAUGGCAGAGGAGGAAGCACCUUUUGACAUUUCACCACUUGUGGGGAAGACCAGCACAGCUGGCACAAAAGAUCCUGACCAUCCAUUGGCUGUUACCAUUUCGCUAGAGGAUUGGGCGAAGAAUGGCUGUAUGUCAACUACGGAGGAAGGAGACAACCCACCAGGAACGCCAAAGAGCAUUACACUGUUGGUGGUUGUUCAGAUGAGGGACCCGCUGAGGCGGUAUGAGGCAGUGGGGGCGCCUGUGAUUGUUAUGGUGCAGGCCACACAUGUUGAUGCAGCGAGUGGUGAAGACGAGGAGAAAUUCAAGGUGGCAAGCCUGCACAUGGGAGGUUUGAAGGUCCGGGUGGGCGGGAAGCAUGUAUGGGAUACUGAGAAGCAGAGGCUGACUGCAAUGCAGUGGCUGGUGGCGUAUGGGCUAGGGAAGGUGGUGUCAAAGAAGGGCAAGCCAGCACAAGCUAAGGGGCAGGACUCUCUUUGGAGCAUUUCGUCGCGGGUGAUGGCGGAUAUGUGGCUCAAGCCCAUUCGAAAUCCAGACGUGAAGUUACCAAAGCAAACGUAGGUUGGAAGUCAAAUAAACAUUACAGUGGGCCCUAGCAGUUGAGAUUGGAAGCAAUGUGAAUGAGACUCUGGUUGGAUGCUGCCAAGGUGCUGGAAACUCUUCUUGUUGCCAGAAUCCAUGUCCAAAGGAAAAAUAUUAAAAACAAUCAAGUCAAUGGAGAGGCGGUGAAGGCCUUACAGGAGCAACAAAGUAAGAGCGAGCAAUAGUGGCAAAGGGGCUUGCACUCGUAAGGCGUGUUUCAAUGCCAACAUGGUUUGAGAGUUGGGAACGGGAGGACACAUAUGCAGCCCUUGCAGUCAUUGGGGCAGUUGUGUCAGUCGCCAUCGCUUACAGCUGUUACAGGCAGUUGAGAUAAGAAGUCUUUACCUUCACAAGCUAUAGUGGGUAAUAUAUUUUUUUUGUUCUUUGUUUUUUGUAUUGUAUUCUACGUUACAUAGGGCCCAUUUAUUAAAAUGGUAGAAUUUGGUUGUAUUUUGUGUAUGAUCUAUAGAAAAUCAAAGAGAAGAAGUCCAAUCUUUCUAGAAAAUAGGCAACUAAGUUACAUGACUUGGGUUAUGAUCUUUAUUGCAAUUAAUUCAAAAAAUCCCAUCUUUGCUUCUA